UACUGUUAUUGAUACGGAAAGGCAAUAUAUUUACAUAUUGCAGGGGAACUAGCCCGGUCCCUCCUUCCCCUGUAAACAGAGAGUAGUCCAGCCUCCUCCUCGGUUCCUCCCACCCCACGAGUCUGUAUAUUAACAAGUGCACCUCCAGUGUCUUUCCACUGUCAAAUCCAGACUCGUUCAUCUUUAAAGCGGCUGCCUUCUCCAGGCAUGGCUAAAGGCUCUACUUCAUCAUGGCCGUGCGACAUUACACCCUCGACUUCAACCUCACUGCACCAGCUGACUGCAGUACCACCCUCAAAGGACUGCAGUCAGUAUUUCAGGAACAACAAAUGACAGAAGCGCUUCAUAACUUAGAAGACCAUGGUUACUUAGCAACAUACAUUGGCAAAAAUGGAAGGUUUGCCAUCCUGCGGAUUCACCCGCAUGGGUUUGUGUCAAUAGACCUUCAAAGCUGCGAAGGAAAUGACAACACUGAAGCCUACAAUCUACUUAAUGCACUGGAAGAGAGAAUGAAGUAUCUAUUGAACAGCAGUAUUAAAAGGAUUAAAAGGUUGCCAGCCAUCGUGCGAGGGGGAGCCAUUGACCGGUACUGGCCCACAGCAGAUGGGAGGCUCGUGGAGUACGACAUUGACCAAGUUGUCUACGACAAAGACUCACCGUACCAGAACAUCAAGAUCCUUCAUUCCCAGCAGUUUGGAAAUAUACUCAUCCUCAAUGGGGAUGUUAAUUUGGCAGAAAGUGACUUGCCGUACACAAAGGCAAUCAUGGGCAGUGGAAAGGAGGGCUACACUGGGAAAGAAGUGCUCAUUCUGGGAGGAGGAGAUGGAGGAAUCCUGCAUGAAGCAGUCAAGUUGAAGCCAAAGAUGAUUACCAUGGUGGAGAUUGAUCAAAUGGUAAUAGACGGGUGUCGGAAACACAUGCGUAAGACAUGUGGAGACGUGUUGGACAAUCUGAAUGGAGACUGCUACCAGGUUUUAGUGGAAGACUGUGUUCCAGUCUUGAAGAAGUACGCUGAAGAAGGGAGAACGUUUGAUUAUGUGAUCAACGACCUGACGGCGGUACCUAUCUCUACAGCCCCGGAAGAAGAUUCCACGUGGGAGUUCUUGCGGCUCAUUCUUGAUCUUUCGAUGAAGGUGCUCAGACCGAGUGGGAAGUACUUCACACAGGGAAACUGUGUUAACUUGACAGAGGCACUGGAUAACUAUGAAGAGCAGCUUGGCCGGCUUUACUGUCCAGUGGAGUUUUCCAAGGAGGUUGUCUGUGUCCCUUCUUACAUGGAGCUGUGGAUGUUCUACACCAUAUGGAAGAAGUAAUCGCAGUUUUUGUGCGACAAGCUGCAUGAAGAUCACUUGGCUAGCCCGCGAUGCAUGUAUUGCAACGCCCAGAUCCAGACUUUAAAAAACGCUGUAGAGGACACGGAGCUAAUAGUCUAAGCGGGUUUUUUAUUAUUAUUGUGUUUGUGUUUAAAGUUGUUUUUUUGUUUGUGUUUUUAUUUAAAAAGAGAGAGAAUUUAAGAAUGUAUAUUUCAUAAAGACUGGUUAAUAAUGCUGGAUUGAAGGCUGUUGAAAACACUGAAACAUAGAAUGGUGUGACCCAGCUUUCUCUGUGUUCUGUUUUUCAUUUCUUAAUAGAAUCCACGAUAAGGGGUCCUUGCUGGUGACGUUGGGGAUGGAUAGCAGCAUUAUUUUUUUUGUUUUUUGUUAUCCUAGUUUUAAUAUAGCUAAUUUAUAAUGUAUGAUGCUUUUCAAAGGACACACCAAGUGAAAUAAACUUGGGCUUCCCCUUUGGAAUGUGUCGUUACCCGUUGGAAGAUAGAUGUGCUUUUGCACUUGUUUAUAAAGGGAAAUGGAUAACUGCGAGGUUUCUCCAUUUAUUCUUCUUGAUUUUUCUGAGUCACUCUGCUGUUUUUGUUUUGGUUCCCGGUUCCGCUGGGACGGUUACAUUGAUCACUGCUGGGAAUGGCAUAACCCCUGUCAGCUUGGUGUGUUUGUUUGCAGCAUGGAUUAACGACAGCAGGUUACAGAGGUUUCUCCCUAGAGUUCUUUGCCAGUCCCACAGCUUCUUGCUGUGUGUUCGUGUGUGUGUGCACACUGAAAUGAAGAAAUCUGAGAGGUUUGUUUUCUUGAAGAUUCUUGCGCUGUGUUGACUAGGGAAGUCUGCAGUACAGUGCGCGUAUGUGCUGCCCUGUGCCUUAGCCCACUGUCUACUAGUUACUAGUUUUAAGCCCACUGACCCUCAAGGGGAUGACAUUCCUGAUAAAUGCCCCUCCAGAUCUCUGUCAUUGCGAAUGUGGCUUUGCGGGGGUGGUGGGUGUUUUUCUUCCUGUGUGAUCUAGAUUGUGGUCCACCCCUGAUAAUUAUGUAUAGGAAGUUUAGAGCCCACGCAGCUCUGCUAAAUGAGUGUCGCUCUCCCACGAGAUGACCGCUUGAAGUUCUGUAUUGUGGAAAAGGGUAACUGGUUCAGAACUAGGGGAGCAGGAAAAGGUUCCAAGCAGGUAUUAUAAACCACACUAAAUAAAAUGCCUGCUUGAUAGCCAAGUGCUGGCAGAACUUUCAGGCCUGUUUUUCUUUUUCUUUUUCAGUUUUUUCUUUUAUUUUUUUAAAAGUGUAAAGAACAGAGGGAUCAGAACCUCGACUGACUUCAGAAAUAUCAGGAAAGCGGCUUGUCUUUGAGCUGAGACAGCUGAAAGGAGGGGGAGGUCCUUAGUCCUACCGUGAAUCCCCCUCUUUUUGUUCUACCUGUAUUUGGUUGCAGUAAUGCAGUAGUUUUGGACUUGGUGCUGUUCAAGUCUGCACUCUCCUGGUACUUUACCUGUUUAAGACCUGUCUGCUGUUUAUUUGUUUCUACCAAUGUUAUCCCUCUGUUCUUAACCAUGCAGAUGGCCCACUAAACCACGGUGAGUGGUCUUCCAUCGGAUAUUUGCACUAAUAAGAGGCUUCACUUUUAGCAGGAGGUUGCUGUUUUUACUCUUGACUGGAGUUCAGAACAGCAGUCCAGUUGAGAUGCAGUUUACACAAAGCAGCUCCGUGCACUGUGUGUUUCAUCCACCACAGGUUACUGCUGAUUUCGUCUGUCCGAGUCUGUAUUAAUGAAUGUUAAUUAAAACGCUUUGGCAUUGCCCUUACAUCUGUUUCAAUUUUAUAUUUGUUUUCUAUAAUAAUAAUAAUAGUACAUGUGCUGGUUUGGCUAUUGUCUAUUUGGCUAUUGUCCUGUUAUUUUCACAAGUCGCUAAGGGUGUAAAAACAUCAUUCAUAAUACAGUCAAAUCUACGUUGAGACCACUCAAGGGACAGCCUAAUGUGGCCUCUUAACACAGGUGGUCUCUUUAAAAGAGGGCCCAUAACUUAUGA